AUGCGUUUUCAAGGUGCAGCAGCAGCAGCCUUAGGCUUGUUCUGUGCCGCUACCGCUUCGCUUCAUCCUCGCCGCUCCUAUGAGACUCGCGACUAUUUCGCCCUCCACCUCGACGCCGCUACUUCCCCGUCGGAUAUCGCUGAACGCUUAGGUGCUCGCCAUGAAGGUCAGGUAGGAGAGCUUGACGGUCAUCAUACAUUUUCCUUGCCUAGUGAGAACAGUGCCGAUCUCGAUGCGCUUCUCGGAGACCUACAAAUCAAGAGGAAGCUGCGGCGACGUGGCGACGACGCUGGCCUUGAAGAAAGAGACGAAGACCUCGCCGGUAUUCUAUGGUCCCAGAAAUUGGCCCCUCCGAAGCAACGGCUCGUAAAGCGAUCACCUGCGCCCGAGAAGCUCACCAGAGAAUCGGCCAGCGACGGAGAGAACGUGGAAGCUGUCCAAGCCCGGAGUAAGCUUAUAUCCACUCUCGGUAUUGAAGAUCCAAUCUUCGGGUCACAAUGGCACCUCUUCAACACCAAACAAGUCGGUCAUGACCUGAAUGUUUCGGGCGUCUGGCUAGAAGGCAUAACCGGAAAGGGCGCGACAGCUGCGAUUGUGGACGAUGGCUUGGACAUGUACAGCAACGACCUAAGCCCCAACUACUUCCCAGAGGGCUCUUAUGAUUUCAACGACCAUACCCCAGAACCUAGACCCCGCCUUCGCGAUGAUAGACACGGCACCAGAUGCGCAGGAGAAGUCGCCGCCGCGAGAAAUGAUGUCUGCGGCGUCGGUGUCGCUUAUGAUAGCCGUAUUGCUGGAAUUCGAAUCCUGUCUGGACCAAUCGACGAUACUGACGAGGCUAGCGCCAUCAACUAUGCCUAUCAGGAGAACGACAUCUACUCAUGCUCUUGGGGCCCCCCGGACGAUGGGGCUACAAUGGAUGCACCCGGCAUUCUCGUUAAACGGGCUAUUGUUAACGGCGUCCAGAAGGGUCGCGACGGAAAAGGCUCGAUUUUCGUGUUCGCAGCCGGGAAUGGCGCGGGCUCUGAAGACAACUGCAACUUCGACGGCUAUACUAACAGCAUUUACAGCAUAACCGUCGGGGCAAUUGACCGCGAGGGACAACACCCGUAUUACUCAGAAUCAUGCUCCGCGCAGCUGGUAGUUGCUUAUAGUAGCGGAACAUCUGAUUCGAUCCACACUACCGAUGUCGGUACAGACAAGUGCUACUCCAUGCACGGGGGCACAUCUGCCGCGGGCCCGCUGGUUGUCGGUGCUCUUUCUCUUGCUCUGAGUAUUCGCCCAGAGCUCUCAUGGCGCGAUGCGCAAUACCUCAUGAUUGAGACGGCGGUCCCGGUCGACGAAGAUGAUGGAAGCUGGCAAGUCCUCAAGUCAGGGAAAAAGUUCAGCCACGAUUGGGGAUAUGGAAAAGUUGAUGUCUACAGCCUCGUGCAGAAAGCGAAGACUUGGGAAUUGGUGAAGCCGCAGGCUUGGUACCACUCGCCGUGGCUGAGGGUACAACACGAGGUUCCGCAGGGCGACAAAGGCGUUGCUGCGUCUUGGGAAGUGACCGAGCAGUUUAUGAAGGAUGCAAACAUCGAGAAACUCGAGCAUGUCACUGUGACCAUGAAUGUCAACCACUCACGCCGUGGCGAUCUGAGUGUGGAACUUCGUAGCCCCGGUGGCAUAGUCAGUCACCUCAGCACCCCAAGAAAGCACGACAAUGCAGAAGUUGGCUACGUUGAUUGGACGUUUAUGACGGUUGCCCACUGGGGUGAAUCAGGAGUCGGAACUUGGACUGUUAUUGUCAAAGACUCGACUGUCAAUGAUGAUGUUGGGGAAUUCCUUGACUGGCGCCUUAACCUCUGGGGUGUGGCUGUUGAUGCAUCUAAACAAAAGUUGCACCCCCUUCCAGACGAACACGACGAUGAUCACACCAUUGAGGAUUCCAUUGUUGUCACAACCAGCGUUGACCCAGCACCGACUGCCACCAAACCUCCAACUGAGCCUUCGCAUACGGUUGAUCGCCCUGUGAAUGUUAAACCUACUUCGACAGACACUGCUCCUUCUGAGACUGAGACUGAAACCCCUACACCUACCCCGAGUCCAGCCUCUGACAGCUUCCUUCCCUCUUUCUUCCCAACCUUUGGUGCCUCCAAACACACACAGGUCUGGAUUUACGCCGCGAUCAGCUCGAUCAUUGUUUUCUGCAUCGGGCUCGGAGUUUAUUUCCACGUCCAGCGACGUAGACGUCUUCGCAACGACCGCGACGACUACGACUUCGAAAUGAUUGAGGAUGAGGAUGAGACGAAGGCUAUGAAUGGCUCAUCGUCCCGUCGUCGUGGCGGUGAGCUUUACAACGCCUUUGCUGGAGAAAGCGAGGAAGAGCCACUGUUCAGUGAUGACGAUGAUGACGAUGAGCCGUACCGAGACCAGACAUUAGGUGCUGAGCGCAGAAGCACAAGCGCAGAUGAUACCCGAAGAAACGACUAA